AUGGAAAAGUUUGGAUUCCAUAAAGUGUCCAAUAAACCGGGUCCUGGAAACCCGACCAUCAAUCAUAACCAACCGGUGAAGGCGUUCAAACGCCAAUUCAGAGUGGACAACUGUCCCAAUAACUCUAUUGCUUUGGGGAACACCAUUGGUGUCAAUCCUGCCGAUAUACCAGAGGAUCUCAAUUAUGUCAUUGUGGAUAAUAUGGUGGUAUAUUCUAUUACUAGAGAGCUUCUGGUCAAGCCCGGAACUGUUGGAAUGGCUGGGAAUGUCAGACAAUGGGGAAGAUGGUCAUUAAACCAACCGGUAACGAUUGCCGACUUCAGUUUGAACAGUUUUAACGACAACUUUAUCUACAUAAAAUCGGCAGAGAUCUUUAUCGACUACCGGUCUACCAAGAAACAGAGCCUGAAUCCCAUUAACCAUAAUGAAUUGAUUGCCCAAUUCUUGAUAAACUAUAACAACCAGAUCUUACAGGCCACUCAACCAAUUGUUAUGGAUUUCAAAGGCCAAUUUUUCCUGCUUUACAUCAACUCCAUACAAUUGAUGGACAUGGCGGGUAAGCCCACCGACUUCACUCUGUCGCCAGACGCUAAGGGGAUUUUGACGGGCCAAGCUGAGGUGGACUUUUAUCCUCAUGAGAACUCCAUCAUCAACUUGGUGAAGGAUGGCAACGCCAAGUCUCGCGUCAGCAAUAAGCCAAGAUCAAACCCCAUUAUUAACCCCGACUUUAAGUUGGACUCCUUGGGAAUUGGUGGGUUGGACAACGAGUUCCAGCAGAUUUUCAGAAGAGCUUUUGCCUCAAGAAUCAUCAGUCCAGAUUUGGUCAACAAGUUGGGUCUUAGACACGUCAAGGGUUUGUUGUUAUUCGGUCCUCCUGGUACUGGUAAGACGUUGAUUGCGAGACAAAUCGGUAAGAUGUUGAACGUCAAGGAACCAAAGAUUGUCAAUGGUCCAGAGAUGUUGAGUAAGUUUGUAGGUGCUUCUGAAGAGAACAUCCGUAACUUGUUUAAGGACGCCGAACAAGAGUAUAAGCAAAAGGGAGAUAGUUCUGGUCUACACAUCAUCAUAUUUGACGAAUUGGAUUCGGUAUUUAAGCAAAGAGGUAACAACAAGUCCGACGGGACCGGAGUCGGUGAUAAUGUCGUCAAUCAGUUGUUGGCUAAAAUGGAUGGUGUUGACCAAUUAAAUAAUAUCUUGAUCAUUGGUAUGACCAACAGAUUAGAUCUUAUUGACAAUGCGUUGUUGAGACCCGGUAGAUUCGAGAUUCAGAUCGAAAUAUCUUUGCCUGAUGAGAAGGGGCGGCACGAGAUUUUAUUGAUUCACACCAAGAAAAUGAAGAACAACAACUUGUUGGACGAUGAUAUCGAUUUCCAAAAGUUGGCCAAGUUGACGAAGAAUUUUACAGGGGCAGAGUUGGAAGGGUUGGUCAAUAGUGCCACCUCUUUUGCUAUCAAUAACUACACCAAAUCAGACUCUCUCGCCAAAGUCGACGAAAAUAUCAGCAAGAUGAAGUUGACCUGGCAGCAUUUCGAGUUGGCAUUGAACGAGGUCAGGCCUGCGUUUGGUGUUAACGAGGAGAAUUUGUCCGAAGGCAUUCCUUAUGGGGUUAUUAGAUACAACGAAGCUAUCGAGCGGAUUUUGGAUAUGGGUAGAUCUUAUAUCAAUGAAGUGUCUCAUUCAGAAAAUGAAAGAUUAAUCAGUGUUUUGUUCCACGGGAAAAAUGGGGUUGGUAAGACUGCCAUUGCAACCAUGUUGUCGUUGGAAUCCAAGUUCCCUUUUAUCAAGGUAUUAAACGGUGAGUUAUUGGUGGGAAUGAAUGAAUUGAUGAAAAUCAACACCAUCGACAACCUUUUCCGGGAUAUUUACAAGUCCCCCUUGAGUGUGUUGAUUAUCGACAAAGUUGAGAGUAUCAUUAACUACGUGCCUAUUGGACCCCGGUUCUCUAAUGAUAUUUUACAAAUGUUGAUGGUGUACUUGACGAGAAAGCCUCCAAACGGUAGAAGAUUGUUGAUAUUGGCCACCACGUCCCAACACUCGAUUUUGAAAUCCAUGAACUUGGUAGACUGUUUCACCAAAUCCAUCGAGAUUAAGCCUGUGACCGAUUUGGUUGAAUUACAAAUCAUAAUGAACGACCUUGACUUCAUGUCGGAAAACGAAAGGUUGGAAAUUUUGAACCAAUUACAAAGAUUCGACCAGCCUUUGAGCUUGGGAAUCAAAAAGUUAUUGCAAGUGUUGAUGAAUGCCAAAUUUGCUAACCUUGAUGUCAACGGAGUGGUCGAGAACCUUUUAGAUGCCCAAACAUAA